CCCACCCAAGAUCCCUCAACCUCCGACACCCCCCCCCUUCCCGCCGGUGGCAUAGGCCCCCCCACCUCCCUCACCGACCCCGGCCUCUCCAAACGGCCCCGCGACGCCCGCACUCUCCACGUCCUCAUGUCCAGCCUCGGCGUGCACGCCUACCAGGAGCGCGUCCCCCUCCAACUCAUGGACUUCGCCUACCGCUACACUGCCGGCGUCCUCGGCGACGCCGUGCAGCUGAGCGCGAACGGCUACGGGGCACCGGCGGGGCGCGGCGCGGGCGCGGGCGCAACGGCGGGCGAGCCGACGGUGACGAUGGCGGCGCUGCGGCUGGCGAUUGCGAGCCGGCAGAAUUAUCAGUUUCAGCAUGCGUUGCCAAAGGAGUGGUUGUUGGAUUUGGCAGCGGAGAGGAAUCGGGUACAGUUGCCGGGGGUGGGCAGGGGGUUUGGGUUGCGGUUACCGCCGGAGAAGUAUUGCUUGACCGGGGUGGGGUGGAAUUUGAAGGAUGAGUGGGAGAGUGAGGAGGAGGUGGAUUUGGAGAUGGGGGCGGAGGGGGCGGAGGAGGUGGUGAAUGGAGUAGGGGAUGAUGAGAAGAUGGAGGAUGCGGAGGGAUUGAAGGAGGAGGAGCAAGAUGAGUUUGAGGAGGUUAUGGGCGGCGGUGAGACGCAGGAUACGGCCAUG